ACGUUCACGGUGCACAGAUAUGUUAUACGGGCCUAAGACGAUAUAAGGCCCCGUGAUGGCGAUGCGGUUUCAGUUUGCCAACAGGUGCCCGCAGCGUAUGCAUUCGUCCUUAUUCGACCUCGCCUACUUCUUCACCUACGUACACGUUCGUUUUCUUUUCGGGAGCAUCGCGAAACCGCACUCGUGACCACACUCGUGAAUCCAGCCCCGUGUCUGCAGGUGAAGCUUCUAGAAGCGCCUUCACCGUCGAACAGACUUCGUACGAAGGACAUACGCGAAGAUUGACACUAUCGAGAUCGAGUCGCGUGCCUCGCGGAGAACUCGACCGGCAUAUACCCCGCGGUUCAACGGUCGAGGGUUCUUCAAAUGCAGAAACCGUUUCAUUCUCUUACUUUCGUCACGCACUUUUCGAGAACCAUCAAGGGAAGAAGAGCUUCAUUUUUAUUUUGUAGUGGAGAUCUGAUCAAGAGGACAGUGCGUGGUCAGCCAAUAUUGGACUAUCAACUCGUCCUUAAUUCUGGACCAUAAUUCUGUCUACAAUCAAACAAGAAAGUCCUCCAAAUUCGAUUCAUCUCGGAAUCACCGUUUCAGUUUACGAUGGCGCAAAUAGUGCAAACGAUUUACGAUGGCUAUCGAGACCUGAUGGACAACAAAAGUGAUCCUAGGGUCAACAACUGGAUGCUAAUGAGUAGCCCGUUUCCCACGCUGUGUAUCUGCCUGUUUUACGCAUAUUUCGUUAAAGUUUUGGGACCAAAGCUGAUGGAAAACCGCAAGCCUUUUGAUCUCAGAAGAGUAAUGAUAUGCUACAAUCUCUUUCAAGUAAUAUUCUCUUCGUGGCUCUUUUAUGAGGCUUUCGUUAGUGGCUGGGGUGGACAGUAUUCCUUCAAAUGUCAGCCAGUCGAUUACUCAACUAGACCCAUAGCGAUGCGCAUGGCUCGGGGAUGUUGGUGGUAUUACUUUUCCAAGUUUAUUGAGUUCACAGACACGAUCUUUUUCGUGUUGAGGAAAAAGAAUAAUCACAUCAGUACCCUCCAUGUCAUUCAUCACGGCGUUAUGCCGAUGUCCGUCUGGUUCGGAGUUAAAUUCACCCCCGGUGGUCACAGCAGUUUCUUUGGCUUUAUAAAUACUUUCGUGCACGUCGUAAUGUACUCGUACUAUCUUCUGGCGGCAUGUGGAUCGCGAAUACAACCAUAUCUAUGGUGGAAGAAAUAUCUGACAGCUCUGCAGAUGAUCCAGUUCGUCUUGGUGAUGGUUCACGCGUUCCAACUACUCUUCGUCGAUUGUAACUACCCGAAGGCCUUCGUUUGGUGGAUCGGCAUGCACGCCGUAAUGUUCCUCUUCCUCUUCCGUCAGUUCUACAAUGAAACGUACAAAAAGAAGAGCAAGAUGUCGAGCAAACAGAGAUCGAAAACUCUGAAAUACGAUGAGCAACAAGAAACGCAAAAGGGACGAGACGACAAGGAGAACAACUCUAACGACAAUGGCAUGAUAUACGCAAACCAGUACAAGAUGGUCACCGGCUACAUCUCGGACAGCGGCUUGAGAAAUCGCGUAUUCAUCGACAAUCGAGGUUUCGACGAAUGAUAACGAAUCAACAUUCGAAUUUAAGAACUUCGACAUAAAUGUAGCUCAUCAUCUGCACCACGUCGCUUCACAAUCGCUAGCUUCGCGCGACACGGUUAAACGAAAAGAAAGAAUCGGAAUCAUGAUCAUCUCUAGAAAGUAUGCCCAAAGAGAUCGAGGGAAGAAAGGAGAACGCACGAAAUAUCUUUCCGGAAUUUUUGAAAGUCAGUGCUGAUCAGUUUCCUCUAAUAAUAAGUGCUUCGGGAGUUUUACACGUGUACAAAGAAUUUGCGCUUAUGUGUUUUUACGCGUGCGCAUUGCAUAUGUAUGCAUGUGCAUGUGCAUGUGCAUCUAUGUAUGUAUGUAUGUAUAUGUGUGUAUGUGUGUAUAUAUGCAUGAUGACUAAUGUGUGUACGCUAGUGUGUCGAGGUGAACAAACUGGAUAGGUCGUUGUAACGAUAAAGCUGUAACGCUGUAAUACCGAAGCGACAAAGCCCUUUCUAAUUAGGAUAUCGAAUUAGGAAUUUAAAUUUAUUUGAUUCUCUCUUUCAUGGAUUUCUUAUAAAAAACAUUUGAAGUUUCUUAUCACUUACAUUAAUCAUAUUUAUUCAAUGGCAUUUUGACUAUUAGAAGAAUCUGUUCAAUCAAGUUCAAUUAAGUGUUCAAUCAAGUGAUAGUCGUAGCUGCAAUUUAAUAAAAACACUGAUAUUAA